CCACAUCUCUAGCUCGCCGGCCUGACGCGGCGCCGCCCUAUAAUGACUCCAAGUGAAACUUACCCACAGAAAACUGCCACCCAUUUCAUUAACUGUUCUGUCGUUUUGUUUCAUUGAAACAGAACGAAACCCAAAUCGCUAUCUCUCUCUCUCUCUCUGAGUACUUAAUUAGGGUCACAAUGGGCGGUUGUUCUUCAUAAACGUAGUUAUUGGUGUAUGUUAUGCUCAAUUUUGUCACCAACACACCAUUUCUUUGUGAAUUAGUUAGUGGGUACCCCAUAUAUCUCCCGAAAUCCUUCGAUUUCAUCUGAAUCUGGUGGUUAAUGAUAGGCGCGGGGACACCAAUUUGGUCACAGAAGUGAAAGACGGGAAUAAUAACGUCUCUGCUUCCAUCAGGAUUUCGAUCUAGAUGACGUUGUUGUGAUGGGCGGGGAUGCCUAUUUGGUCCUAGAAGUGAAAGGAAAGAGUAUAAUUAUACCUCUACUUCCCACAAGGAUUCCCUAAACUCUGCAAUGGCGGUAGAAACAUCCUGGUCAGAUGAUGAAUUUGAUGAUAAUACAAGGGGAACUGGUGUGUUCUAUCCAUAUUUGGGGCUAACUGACAGGGUUGAUGAAGAAAGCAAUCAUGUCCCCAUUGAUCCAAUCCUCCCUGAUGAUCUUCAGGAACGAAUAAUAGCCUCUCUCCCAUUAGAGUGCAUUUUAAAAGCAUGCUGUGUUUGUAAAAAGUGGAAUGAGAUUGUGCACUCAAAAAGAUUUAUGUUGAACAUCUCAAGUGUCUUAUCACAGAAACCCUGGUACUUCAUGUUUACCAGCUCUGAUGAACCCGUUGGAUAUUUCUAUGACCCUUUGUUGCGUAAAUGGUACAGCUCCGAACUCCCUUGUAAUGUAAAGCACAACUGCUAUAUUGCUUCAUCUUCUGGUUUAGUGUGCUUCAUGGAUAAUUAUAGCAGGAAUGAGCUAUAUGUUUGUAACCCGCUUGCUAGGAACUACAAGAAAGUGGAACCUUUGGGUGACCGAUUCUUUGAUUACAGAGCUCUUGCGUUUUCAGUGGACUGGCUAUCACACAGUUAUACUCUUGCUAUUGUAGGAUCGGAACAAAUCUCUGGGGAUGAAUGGGAUAUUUCGAUUCACAUUUAUAAUUCAAACAAAAUGGUAUGGCAAUCUCCUGCUGCGAAAACUUUUACCAGGUGGAGAGCAGGAUAUGAUAGUGUAAUCUGUGAUGGGGUUUUGUAUGCCCUGUUUUAUUAUACUGGAACGGAUGAGACUGAGGAUCGCCAUGCCUUGUUGACUUAUAAUAUUUGUAGCCCAUCUUACGAGGAUAUAUCAGUUGCUACUAAAAUUCCAGUUCCUUGCUUUGUCACUUGUGGACGGCUGAUGAACCUCUCUGACAAGCUUGUAAUGGUGGGAGGUAUAGGGAGACAAGAUCGUCCAGGCAUAAUAAAGGGAAUUGGCAUUUGGGUUCUUAGAGGGAUGGAAUUGGAAGAGGUAUCCCGAAUGCCUCAUAAGUUUUUUCAAGGAUUUGGAGAGAUAGAUGAUGUGUUUGCAAGCAGUGGUGCUGGUGAUCUUAUAUACAUACAGAGCUAUGGAGCAACAGCCCUUCUUGAGUUUGAUAUGACCUUGAAACAAUGGGAUUGGUCACAUAAAUGUCCUGUGACUAAGAAGUUCCCCCUUCAGCUUUUCUCAGGUUUUUGCUUCCAACCGCGGCUUGAAGUUUCACCCUAACUGAGCAUCCUCAUCUUUCGAUUUUACAAGGUGGUGGUGAUAAAUUUUUCCCAUGCUCUCUUUAUUCUUCAAUUAAUCCUACUUUAAAGGAAAUGCCAUUCAUAAAAUUUGCAAUAGCAGUUUUUCUUCUGAUAAUGUUCUUGUUUAAUGAAACGGGUACCCUUUCCUAACUGUCUUUAAAAGUAAGCAUUCUUCCAUUUUUCAGUAGAGAGGUAGACAUUGGUAUUAUUUCAUCUCAUACUUGUCUAGUGCUGGAUUUGGACUAUCAGGUCUUGCUGCUCUCUCCCAUUGGGUUUUCGGUGGGUUGGGUGGGAAGAGAGUUCAGAAUGGCUGGUUCCUGUUCCCACGAUGUUUAAUAGGACAAAUUAGCAAAUAUAUGCAUACUGAUAGAUGAUUGGUUAAUCUGAGAAUUAUUGUGAAAAUAGUGUAUGAAAUGACGAGCCAUGGUAAUGUUUGGCAGCACUGUAGCAUUUGGGGGGCUCGUUGGUGUCG